AAGGGGCUGUCAAAGUGGUUAAAGUAGCUAUUGUUUUUGUUUUGAUCGUGAUCGAAUCGAAAUUCGAGUGGUGAUUGGUGAAAUAUAAACUUUUGAAGUGAUUUUGAAAAGGCUCUGACAGUUAAUAGAUAUAUAUUAUCCGUAUGUAAUAAUUAUUAAUAAUAUACUAUUGAGUCGAAAUAUUGGAAUAAUGAGGCUUAAAAGGACCUCGCAAAGAACCGAAAAUGAAGAAUUAAGCCAGCGGAAAAGACAGAAGAAUAUUAUCAGCGAUGACUACUUCAGUAAAGUGUUACAGGAAUGUGGUUUAGAGGUCCAUGAGAGCCCCGAUGCGUGCCUCACUUCGCAGGAAACCGUCAUUAUCAUACGAAACUUGAAGAAAAACUUGCAAAAACAUUCAGACUACCCCAGCAAUGUAUCUGAGUUUUACUCGAAUUUUCAAAAACGAUGUCAAGAUUCAACCGAUUUCAAACAUUACUUGUUCCCGAACAUCGUGAGGAAGACUUCCGACAGUCCUGAAAGCUGCGCGGUGUCUGAUAGCCUUGUAAAAAUUUUACUUAGCGUACCAAUUCUUCAGAACAAACUGAUAGAUUUCAUUUUCGAGAAAGCUAUAGAUUUAGCCGCUGAUUCUAAGUGUGGGCCGUGGAUACAGAUGAUACUCAAAUGCUUUUCCACAUUAGACAAUAUUGUUGACAGCGAUAAGAUCUCCGUACAUCUUAUCAGCCUUCUAGAUGUGGCUUCAGAACACAUGGUACGUCUAGAGAUAAUCACGGCUAUACCUGAUAUCAUCGGGGAUCAAGCGCAUGACAAUAUUGCAGCGGAAAUGAGUAGGAUUUUGAGUGAAGACCAUGAGCUCAUUCCUGCGAUCCUAGACUGUCUCUCAUAUCUGUGUUUGUCUGAUGAGCAAUAUGAACGGCUGCAGAAAAAGACUCUAAACAUACUAAUGACUAUACCUAAAUGUAAUCAUUUUCCUAAUUUUGUCAAGUUCCUCCUUAUGCCGGGGCGCACUUCUGACAAUGCUUAUUUGGAAGUCGUCCAGGGAUUGAGAAGUGCCUUAAGUUGGUCGACUUCCAUUGAUAAACCUGAAGAAAUUGUGUCAAGCCAAGUUCUCACCGCUACUGCCAUAAGGAACUCAAUUGUGUCAUCUAAAGUUAUUGCUAAUGCUUGGUUAAAGACUGUUUCCAUGUGCACACUCAACACCGACCACAAACCAAUAGAUUUUGCUAUUAUGGUGAUUCUAUAUUCCACUUCGGAAGAAAGGCAGAAGCAGCUGGAGGGGUUGAUUCGGAAACAAAUCAAAAGCAAUAUAUUGAACGAAGAACUGCUUGAUGAAGCAUUUGAAAAAUUCAGACCGAUAUUUAAAGACUAUCUGAAGAAUCUCAUAACCUUGACAAAUUCUCUCUUGGAAGUUAAGUCUGAACCUGUGAUUCAAAAUUUUGCUUCCCAUCUUUACACUUUAAUGUUCUCUAAACUUGAAGAGUUUUGUCAAACAAUAGUAGCAGAGUUAUUGCAACUAGGUUUAGAUUCUAAACAAUGUGUCAUAAAUAUACUAUCAAUUUUGAACAAAGUUGCAUCAAAAGAUAUGUCUAUAUUGAAGCCGCAAAGUGUUCAAAUGUUGAAACUAUUAGACAGAAUGGAUGACAUGAGCUUACCUGAAAUAAGAGCUGUGAUGAACUUGCUUUGUGGCCUGGCAUACAGCUAUGAAAAUUCAGUAAUCAGAGAUGAUAUUCACAUGAUUAUGAGAAAAGAGCUGGGAAGCUCCAACCCCACAGUUAAAAUUCAAGGAAUCCUCGCUGGUAUACACGCCGUUAAGUAUCUCAUGAUAUCUAAAGAUGGAGAAGAAAAUUCGAUAGAUUCGGCAGAUGACAUUAGCUAUUCAUCAGUUAACCAUUUGAUUGAAGGUGAUAUACGAGACGCAGCACAAAUCAUAGAAGCAAUCAACAAUAAUACUAGACAGUUUCCUGAUAUGAUAGCUUUCUUCUAUGAUGAAUUAUGCAAAAUGAUCCAAUCUACAAGUUACAUCAAUAAACACUUCCUACAUUGGAUAACUGUUGCUGUUACUAAUGACUUAGAGCAGAAUUUUAUAGUUAACAACUAUGAACACAACACUGUCGAAGAUCUAAAACUCAAAAUCCAAUACUGUUUAAAUUCAGACAGUGAAGUAGAAGAAGUUAUAGCGAUUAACAUUGCAGGUAUGACUUUACGAGGUAAGGACAAUGUCAAUAUUUUGAUUUUGUCCCCAUUAUUUCAGCUCGUACAAACAUUACAUGUACGAAAAUAUAAUGGUGAUUUGUCACAAAUUGAUGCAUUAUUGGGAUGUCCAGUUGUUAUGCCCAUCUUUGAUGUUGACUCUAUUGAGGACAUGAGUUCGAAUGCUAUAUCUCAUAUUUUAGAUUGUCAAAUACAUUGUGCCAAUUGGUUCCGCGAAAUAAUAAACGCCUUUGCAUCUCAAAAUGAUGAUGUUUUAAAAUCUAAACUUUUUAGCAGAGUUGCACAUCUUCAAAAGCUUGAAAAUUUGAUUAGCACGAUAUUAUUAAAAAUCAGUUUUACUUACAAGCCACCCACUAAUAUAUCCAGCCUAAGAAACAAUGGCAUUGCAAAAAAUAAUAACAAAAAACAAAAUGUUAAGCAAAAAACUCAAAAAAAGGCAACAAAUGAGGAAUCCAUUUUACCUGAAACAAUAAAAUCGCAAUCAUCUGUUAAUAAUAACAAAAUUGUUGUUAAAAAUAAAAUGGGGCUUGUACAAAAUAUAACUUUUAGACCAUUUACCCUAAGCAUAUUGAACCUUCUAAAACAUAAUCUGACAGAAAAAGAGGAAACAGGAUUAAACAUUGAAAAUUUACCUUUCAUUUUAAAAUGUAUUAACUGCAAUUUGGAAAAUGUGUUAAUUUCUAGAAUUAAAAAAACGACCUUUCUUACAAAGCAAGACUCCUCGGAAGCUUAUGAUUGUACAAAAGCUGAACAAUGUGCUCGGUCUAUAAAUGACAUCAUUCCAAAGAUAAUUGAUCAUUUAAAUUUUAUUACAUCUCAUUUAGACAAGUCUUUAGGUGAUAAUGAAGAGGCUAAUGAAGAAUUUCUGACAAGUGAUAAUAAUUCAGGCUACAUUCUAAGUUUGGAGUACAUAUUCAACAUGUUUUCAACAUAUUUUAAAUGGAUGGGAUUUAAAAUUCAGCACAAAGCUCUGUUAGAAACUUCAUUGCGCUCAAUUGCAAGCUUGGAUAGCGAAAAUUCUACUUUUCCCCAACAUUUGCAGUUAACAGUUGCUAAAUUUUUCCAAAGGCACGAAAAGUAUUGCGUGCAACUGACUACUGCGGUCGCACUACUAGACGUAGUCGGCGCACUCCAAGAACAUACUUCAAGCUCCACUGUAACAAAAAUAUUGAGGAAAAUGGCGCAACAUUUUCUUUCCCGUGAAUGGAAAACUGCAAGUGGGGCAGCCGAAAAAGGUUUAUUCUUUAACCAAAGCAUUGACAACUUCUUGCAACUGAAUCUAAAAAAUAUUGAAGUAUCAGAACUUAAAAAAUCCAUUCUCUUGCUAAUUAAUGAAGUGCAAGACUUAAAAAGUCGUAACAGCACAUUGGCUUCAUUUCCAAGUAUAAAUAAGAACAAUUUACACAUAUUAUAUAGGAAUAUGGGCAGUGCUCUUCAGGAAUCGGCGAAAAGAUUUUUAAAUAAAGGCUUAACUAAUUUGGAGCAUUUGGAUCUAUGGAGGGAAGUCGUAUUCGUUUUAAAAUGUAUGUCAGAAAUGGCUAAAACUCUCAAAAUUAGAAAUAUUUUGAUUGCUUUCUUCAAAAAGUCGCUUCCUAUAAUUAGAUUAUUCGUGCAGCUCGGAAUACCUAUAAUAGAAUUGGAAUUUAAGGGAAGAACAAAGAAUGUACAGGAGAUUUUGGAGACUUUACAGCAAUCUACGAGGUUUCUGCAAACUUUGGGCCGUCAUUUCAGGGCGAAGAAAGAUAAAGCUCUGCUAGGGAAAGUUCCGUACAUGAAACAGUUACUGGAAACGCUUCUAUAUAAAGUGAAAGCAGUGUUAGCUGCGAAUGAUUGUUCUGAUGCGUUUUGGAUGGGUAUUCUCAAAAAUAAGAACAUCGAUGGCGAAGUGAUUGCGACUCAGCAGAGCGUAGAAGAGGACGAGUCGGCAGAGGACUGCGACGAGCAGUUGCCGGAGGAUGACAGCGAUGAUACAGACAAUGAAAUGCUUAAUCCUGAUUCUAGAAGUGUCAGUGAUAUUGUGUGAUUGUUAUAUUUCCUCUUAUGUAUUAUGUUUUU